AGGAAUCAAUUACAGACAUUAUUGAGUUUUUUUUUUUUUUUUCCUUUUUUGCUCAUCCGAGAAGACGAUGAUGUCGUUUUGAUGAGUUCACAUGUUGUUUUCGCUAGACAACCUUAAAAAGAAAGAAACAAGCUUUCCUCUUCUUCUUCUUCUUCUCACUAAGAGUUUUUCUUUUAUAGAAAUAAAAGAAGAAGGAAAAAAAAUGGGAAUGGGAAGGUAUCAGAAAUCUACAACUUCUUCUUCUUCCGGUGUUUCAGCGAGAUGGGUUUUUGUUCUCUGCGUUUCCAGCUUCGUUCUUGGUGUUCUUGUCGUUAACAGGCUUUUGGCGACAUCUGAGAUAGUAGAUGGCAUUGAGAGAGCUUCACCUCUACAAAAUGAUCAAGCCAGGUCACUUCAUCCUCUUAUUGAUUGUGAGAGCAAGGAAGGUGACAUUCUAUCUCGAGUUUCACAUACUCAUGAUGUUAUCAAGACAUUAGACAAGACAAUUUCUUCGCUUGAGGUAGAGCUAGCUACAGCUCGAGCAGCAAGAUCUGGUGGUGGAGAUGGAUCUCCAACUGUUGCAAAAUCAGAGGCAGACAAAUCGAACAAGAUUCGGCCUCGGAUGUUCUUUGUGGUGGGAAUCAUGACUGCUUUCAGUAGCAGAAAACGAAGAGACUCGAUAAGAGGAACCUGGCUUCCUAAAGGGGAGGAUUUGAAAAGAUUAGAGACAGAGAAGGGAAUCAUUAUGCGAUUUGUCAUAGGUCACAGUUCUUCUCCUGGAGGAGUCUUGGACCACACCAUUGAAGCUGAAGAAGAACAAUAUAAGGACUUCUUUCGCCUGAACCACAUAGAAGGUUAUCAUGAAUUAUCAACUAAAACCCAGAUGUACUUCUCAUCUGCUGUUGCAAAAUGGGAUGCAGACUUCUACGUCAAAGUGGAUGAUGAUGUCCACGUAAAUCUCGGAAUGCUUGGUUCUACAUUGGCUCACCAUAGAUGGAAACCGCGAGUGUACAUUGGUUGCAUGAAGUCUGGACCUGUCCUUGCUCAAAAAGGAGUCAAAUACCAUGAGCCAGAAUAUUGGAAGUUUGGUGAAGAAGGAAACAAGUACUUCAGACACGCUACUGGACAAAUCUAUGCCAUCUCCAAAGAUUUAGCAACAUAUAUCUCAGUGAACCGGCGACUACUUCACAAGUAUGCAAAUGAAGAUGUCUCUUUAGGUUCUUGGUUCAUUGGUCUCGAUGUUGAACAUAUCGAUGAUAGAAGCCUCUGCUGCGGAACACCCUUGGAUUGUGAAUGGAAGGGUCAAGCAGGAAACCCUUGCGCAGCAUCCUUCGACUGGAGCUGUAGCGGAAUCUGCAAAUCUGUGGAUAGAAUGCUUCAAGUACACCAACGUUGUGGAGAAGGCGAUGGAGCAAUUUGGCACACAAGUUUCUAAUUUUUUCUUCAAUGUAUAGUUUCAGCCUCUUCUUCUUAUAUGGAUCAAUUAGUAUUAGGUGUUCAUGUUCAACAUCACAUGCAUCAUCUAAGCCUCAAUUUUUGCCUCCUAAACCCUAAAAGUUCUUGCAAAAGUUUGAUCCUUUUGGAGGAUUCUUGAAGAACAGGGAAAAAAAAAAUCAUUAUUUUCUUUAAUACAAAUUCACAAAUUCAUGAAUUAAUAGAACGAAACAAGAGAAACUUGAAAUCAAAACAAUGAAUCAAUCACUAUGAAGGAUGAUUCUAAUCAAGAAAUUGAAUAAUUCCAAAAUUGUAUUUACAUACGAAAAUUAUCGAAAACAAAACCAAAAAAA